ACGGCCAUGGCGGUUCCGGCCGCCUUCCCGGCGGCUGUGGUGACUGUGCUCCUCCAGUGGGUCCUCCCCGGCGUCUCCCAGGCCCAGAGCUUCUCCCUCCCUUUCCGGCAGCCGGAGACCUGCGGCCACAACCAGUACUUCGAUAUCUCCGCGCUCGCCUGCGCCCGCUGCGGCGCCGACCAGAGGCGGGCCGCCCACGGAACUUCAUGUGUGUGUCUACCAGGAUUUCAGAUGAUCUCUAAUAAUGGAGGAGCUGAUAUUAUUUGUAAAAAGUGCCCAGAAGACAUGAAAGGUGUUACCAAAGAUGGCUGGAACUGCAUUUCUUGCCCUGGUGGUUUAACUGCAGAAGGAAAGUGCCACUGCCCCACUGGCCAUAUUUUAGUGGAAAGAGAUGCAAAUGGAGCAUUGUUGUCUCAAGCAACUUGUAAGCUCUGUGAUGGGAAUGAAAACUCUUUUACAGUAGCCAAUGCUUUAGGAAACAGGUGUGUCCGAUGCGAGCCAACAUUCAUUAAAACCAGCAGGUCCUGCGCGUGUUUAGAACCUAACAUUUUAACGGGGGGCUUAUGUUUCAGCAACACAGGAAAUUUUCCUCCACUUAUCAUUUCAGCUGCACGUUAUGGAGAGCUUGGCAUGUCUUUCACUUCAGAAUGGUUUACAAAGUAUUUGCAAUCAUCAGCAGCUGCUUGUUGGGUAUAUGCCAAUCUGACAUCCUGCCAAGCUCUUGGGAAUAUGUGUGUGAUGAACAUGAAUUCUUACUCUGCCACUUACGAUGCCUGUCGACUGUUUCAGUUAGUCUUUGACAAUACUGCUGGCCUGGGCACUGUUCAUUCUAUUUCAUUUUGGAGACAGAAUCUUCCGUGGCUGUUCUAUGGAGAUCAGCUUGGACUAGCACCUCAGGUCCUCAGUACUAUACCUCUUCCUACAAAUUUCAGUUUUAAAGGGCAAAACCAGAAUACAAAAAUGAAGUUUGUUGCUGCUUCCUAUGAUGUAAGAGGAAAUUUUCUCAAGUGGCAAACUUUAGAAGGUGGUGUUUUACAGCUCUGCCCAGACACAGAAACUAGAUUAAAUGCUGCUUACUCUUUUGGAACAACCUACCAACAAAACUGUUUGAUUCCUGUUUCUAAGAUCUUGACAGACUUUCCCACUCCUAUAUUUUAUGAUCUAUACCUUGAAUAUACCGAUGACAAUCAACACCAAUAUAUUUGGGCUCUGCCUGUUUUAAAUCUAAAUCUUCAACACAAUAAGAAAUUUGUGAACCAAGACAGUAACUCUGGCAAGUGGCUUCUAACUCGGCGCAUUUUCCUAGUGGAUGCACUAAGUGGGCGAGAAAAUGACCUAGAAAGUCAGCCAAGAUUCAUUCGAAUUGCUACACAGAUAUCACUGAGCAUCCGCCUUGUACCCAACACAAAAAAUGGAAACAUCUACCCUCCCUUAAUCACCAUUGGCUACAGUGACAUUGAUGUCAAAGAUCCCAGCAGCCAGUUUGUGAAGAUUUCUUUCUCAGUCAAAUAUGAAAUGAAUCAAGGAGACGCGCAUAUCCAGACAGAUAUUGCUUUGGGUGUGUUGGGUGGGCUAGCUGUUUUAGCAUCCCUUUUGAAGACAGCGGGAUGGAAGAGGCGCAUUGGAAGUCCAGUGAUUGAUUCACAGACAGUUAUGAAAUUCUUGGUAUACUAUGCUGGUGAUCUGGCCAACGUAUUUGUUACCAUCACUGUGGGAACAGGCCUUUAUUGGCUUAUUUUCUUCAAAGCACAGAAGUCUGUCUCUGUUUUGCUACCAGUGCCGGCUCAGGAAGAGCGCUUUGUCACUUACGUGGGGUGUGCUUUUGCUCUGAAGGCUCUGCAGUUUUUGCAUAAGCUCGCGGCCCAGGUCACCGUGGACGUGUUCUUCAUCGACUGGGAGCGGCCGAAGGGCAAGGUGCUUAGGGCUGUGGAAGGCGAGGGUGGCGUGCGGAGUGCCACCGUCCCCGUGAGCAUAUGGAGAACGUAUUUCGUAGCAAAUGAAUGGAAUGAAAUUCAGACUGUGAGAAAGACUAACCCCGUCUUCCAAGUGCUUGUGGUCCUCUUCCUGCUGGAGGUUGUGGGAUUCAAGAAUUUAGCGUUAAUGGAUUCGUCCUCUAGUCUUUCCAGAGACCCAUCCAGCUACAUUCCUCCUUAUAGUCGCAUUUUGAGAUACGCAGUGUCUGCGGCCCUCUGGCUAGUGAUUGGAAUUGUACAGAUCAUGUUCUUUGCUGUCUUUUAUGAGAGAUUUAUAGAAGAUAAAAUUCGACAGUUUGUUGAUUUAUGCUGUAUGAGCAAUAUAUCCGUGUUUCUGUUGUCCCACCAAUGCUUCGGGUAUUACAUCCACGGUAGAUCGGUACACGGGCACGCAGAUACUAACAUGGACGAGAUGAACAUGAAUCUUAAAAGAGAAGCGGAAAAUUUGUGUAGCCAGAGAGGCUUGGUACCCAACACAGAGGGUCAGACCUUUCAGAUUGCAAUUUCUAGCCAGAUGAGACAGCACUAUGACAGAAUUCAUGAGACUCUAACAAGGAAAAAUGGCCCUGCUAGACUCUUGAGUUCAUCAGCAAGUACUUUUGAGCAGAGUAUAAAAGCAUAUCAUGCUAUGAAUAAAUUUCUUGGCUCUUUCAUCGAUCAUGUUCAUAAGGAAAUGGACUACUUUAUAAAAGAUAAAUUGCUUCUUGAAAGAAUUCUUGGAAUGGAAUUCAUGGAGCCAAUGGAAAAAAGCAUCUUUUACAACGAUGAAGGUUAUUCUUUCAGCAGUGUUCUGUACUACGGAAACGAAGCCACUCUCCUUAUUUACGACCUGCUGUUCUUCUGUGUCGUGGACCUGGCUUGCCAGAGUUUUGUUUCAGCAGCCUUCCUUACGUACCUGCAGCAAGAGAUUUUUAGAUUUAUUCGGAAUACAGUAGGACAGAAGAAUUUAGCAUCCAAAACAUUGGUGGAUCAGAGAUUUUUGAUUUAAUUUAUUGAAUAGAUAACUUACAGACUCUAUAAUCAUGGCCAAAAGAAGUCGUGAUUAUCAGGAUAGUUUGCCAUAUUUUUUAAAACUUGUAAUACAAAUUAUUAUAUUUUUAUUUGUUUUUAACCUACAGAAAGAUUUAUUUUUAUAAUUUUGGAUAAAUAACUUGCUUUGAAAGUAUAUAUAAUGUGACAUAGUGGAAAAUACUGUUUUCUGUUAUGUAUGGUAUUUAAUUCAUCAACUCAUAGAUUAGACAGCACUGACAUUAGGGCAAAAAAACCUAAAUGCUGCUUUCAGUAUAACACUUUUAGUGCUAAUCAAAACAGUCCCCAUCAUCUGUCUCUGUACAUUAUUUUUAAGCUGGCAUUUGCCUGCAUUUUCUCACAUUGAAAAAAUUGAUUCCAAGUUCAAGCCUAGUUUUUAGUUCAGCAUUUUGUUUUGCAUAUCUUAUGGUUAAAUAAAUGUUGAAAAAUAAAUAAAUAAAUAAAUAAAUGUGGAAAAGUGUUUUCAAGUUUACUUAGAAAUUUAAAAUUGUAUAUUGCUGACCCAGUUUGCCUCAUCUAAUUGCUCACCCUGUUUGGCAGUGGAGUUUGACUGUUGGAUUAAUAGGCAUCUCGAGACUUGGUACAUAGUCCUCCUUUGUUUACCUGUAUUAUUGGGAAAUGUCAUUUGCCUUUAUUAAGAUAUAAUGUGUGACAUUUUCCCCAAUAUAGUUCUUUAAUACAUUUUAAAUUACUUAACAUUUUAAAAGCACUAUCGAAGUUUUGCUCUCCUGUUAUGUUUAAAGAUUGUAAAUAACAGACACACUGUAAAUUCAUCAUGUUAUGUUGACAAGGUGAUUUAUUGAAAGCAAACUUAGGCUUCAUAAGACAGUAGGCAUGUAUUUUUUUUUAAUAAGGAAAAACUAGUAGGAUCCAAAAUAUACUUAAUGUAAGUUCUGAGUUAUGUAGCUAAUAAUUUUUUAUUACAUAAUUUUUUCAUUAAGCUUUUGAAUUAUCUUUUUCAUUUAUACUACAUACUUGAAAGGCACCUUAUAUUUCAAGUUUAAUGAUCAUUAACCUGCAAACCAACAUUUCUUACUGCCUCUA